GUAGUGGUACAAGGCCGCUCGUGGUCACUUGUUAUCACGACCUGGAAUCAAGCUAUAACAACGGUACUACCGAGUGUGGAGUUUGGAAGUACGGAUUCGACUGUUGGUGUGCUUCAGGUCAUUGCUGGGUUACGGAAACUGAGGGCUUGGUCGAUGGAUACGCUUUGGCCGUGGUAUAAGAGGAAUUUGCCCGAGCUA